AACAUGUCGACUACGCUUCAUCUCAUUGGUGGAAGAGGAGGCCGUCAAUUUUCUUUCGAUGGCUUUAACAAUGGUGCCACCCUCAAGAAGAUUGGAGUGGAAGUGGGCGGCUGGCAGAUCCACGCCGUGCGGGCCGAACUGACCGACGGGCGCGUGGCGACUUUCGGGAAUGGAAACACUUUCAAUGAGUUUACCUUCAACCCUGGCGAGCGCAUCACCAAGCUGUCCCUGUGGGGCAACGGAGCCGGGUCACGCCUAGGAGGCAUCAGACUAUGGACCAGUUCUGGCCGCGAAUUCUUCGCGCACAUGAAUGGCUGGCCCCUGAAGACCGAGUACUCUAUUGACGUAGGGUCUGGAGUCUGCCUGGGCUUGGAAGGGAAACACGGCGCUGACAUCGACUGUAUGGGAUUCCUCUUCAUCACUGCCAUCAAGUCGUCUGUGCUGACCAACUUAGACUAUCCCAGCCUGGCCAUGUACACACCCCAGGUGAAAAAAGAAUACAUCAAAUCGGUGGCAUAUCACAACAACACUAGUGAGGCUCAAGAGCAGAAAUGUACGUACAGCAGAUCUGUGACCAAGAAUACCACCUGGAGCACCACCAACAAGAUUGAGUCCACCGUCAGCGUGACCGUUUCAGCAGGGAUCCCAGAGCUGGUGGAGGUGUCUAGUGGGUUUAGCUUGACCGUGGGAGCGGAGCACUCCAACUCAAUGAGCCAUGAGGAGACCAUAACAGAAUCAGAUGAGGUUAGUGUGAAAGUCCCGGCAGGAAAGACUGUGAGCGUUGAGUUGUCGGUGGGACGAGCAGUCAUCGACCUGGAGUACUCGGCCUCAGUCUGCAUCACAUGCAUGAAUGGCAGCAAGAUGGUCUUCCCAUCCACUGGCAACUACACUGGUGUGGCUUACACAGCAGUGGAUGUAAGAACCACUGAGUCUGAUAAAGUUAUGAAUGCUGAAUGA